AUGGCAAAGAAUAAGGGAAAAAGUAAGUUCGUCGUUGGCUCCUCUAGUGAGAGGGAGGAUGUGCCUUCGGGAAGGGAUCAAAGGAAAAGGAAGGGUAGCACUCUUCUGAGGUCUUCUGCGCAUCCGAAGAAGGCGAAGGUUUCUCAGUCCUCGGAGAAGGAAACGGUUUCGGAAGACAUGCCUCCUCCCAAGAAUCUUCUUCACUUCAUGCCCUUGCCAGGGCAGAAGUUAAAGAGUGUGGUGGUUGCGGAACCGCCGCCCGUGGAUCAACCGUUGGCCGAGGAAGAUACCAUUCCCUCUCCGCUGAAGCCGUCUACUGCUUUAGGGAUCGAGAUCCAGGAUAUCACCAAGGUGAUGGAGGCGAUUGAAGCCGACUUUAUUCCUGGCUCGGAUGUCCCUAUCGUGGCCGAGGAGAAGAAGGAAUCUGCUGACGUUCCUCUCGAAAGAGAGGGAAGUCCAGAUAAGGAGAUGGUGGAUCUCACAGGCCCCAAUGUUGAGGUUCCCGAGGCUGAGAAGGAUGUUCCCUCUGCUGAGGAGGAGCAGCCCGAACAGGGUCUGACGAGGAAGAGGCGCCACUCAACUUUGGGUUCUACUUCGACCUCGGCCCUGGAUAGAUUGAUCCAUGCUGACCCUUGCUCGGAUGUUCCGCUGAAACGGAUCCCCGAGGAAGUAAGGGAGGCGAUGGCUCGGUAUGCUAGGGCUCCGGUUUUGGGAGAGAAUCCCAUGGCUCACGUGGGAUCUUUGGUGGGUCCCGAAGCUGCUCGGGAGAAUCUUCUUCGGGCCAAUCCGCAGUGGAGGGUUCCUGGAGCUGAAGAGAGGAACCCGGCUAUGAUGGCCCAGUACUACCUGAAUGAGGUAAGUGUUGGAUUUUCUCUUUGAGUUGUGUUUUUGUUUUAUGUUUUUCCUA